GAGCAUGCGCACUACAGUGUUGCUAUAGCAGCAGAUCAAGCAAAGAAGAGGACCGGGACAGGAAUAUUUUGCAGCAAACUUAGCCAAAAUGAUUCCACCAAACGCAUCUUUAGUCAAGUAUGACAACCCAGUCCUCGUCAGUAGGAACACAGACAAGAAGACACCACGGGCUAGAGCGUUGAAGGUGAGCCCAGGUCCGUCCACAGCAACAGGUCCUGUCCCAAACCCACCAGGCAAACAGAAGCCAACCUCGGUCGACGCUAAAGCAGCACAACAAACAGACGAAAUCCUCAACUCCAUCCUACCACCAAGAGAAUGGACAGAGGGUGGUCAGUUAUGGGUCCAGCAGGUGUCCAGUACUCCAGCCACACGUCUUGAUGUGGUCAAUCUACAGGAAGAACUUGACAGACGGUUGCAACAGAGGCAGGCAAGGGAGACUGGUAUUUGUCCAGUACGGAGAGAGCUGUAUUCACAAUGUUUCGAUGAGCUGAUCCGACAGGUGACCAUUAACUGUGCCGAGCGUGGCCUCCUCCUCCUGCGUGUAAGAGAUGAGAUCAGGAUGACGAUAGCAGCCUACCAGACAUUGUACGAAAGCAGUGUGGCUUUCGGUAUGAGAAAAGCUCUACAAGCCGAGCAAGGAAAGGCUGACAUGGAGAAAAAGAUCACAGAACUAGAAAAUGAGAAGCGUGAUCUAGAGCGAAAUGUGAACGAGUUAAAGGGCAAAUGUGAACAGAUUGAGAAACGUGCUCAGGAACAGAGACAAGUAGAGGAGAAGAAACACACAGAGGAGAUGCAGUUCCUCAAGAGGACCAAUCAGCAACUCAAGACUCAGCUAGAGGGGAUCAUUGCCCCAAAGAAGUAACUGUUGAGCGAGGAAGGACAUCUAUGUGAUAAAAUAACUUUUCUAAGUGAAACAACUUUAAAGGAUGUGUUCGGUAUUUUCAAAAUCUUUUAACGGAUUGUACAAAUCCAUCCGUCCAAAUUCAUGCAUGGAAAGUCAUCCUAAGGAAAUUUUCAAAGAAUUGUUUCCACUCUGCCGUCCAAAUUCAUUCAUCAGCAAUGGAAAACAUCAUAUUUCUUUAGCUGACAUUCAUGUACUGCUGAACACUGAUGUGGCUUAUAUGUGAUAAUUCUUAAGCAAUAUAUAUUUUAUAAAAAAGAUUUAAAGCAGCCGAUUAAUUUUUGCUGCCAAUUGAAACUUUAAGGGGCCAACCUGUUCUCGGAAUCGGUUUUAGGGACCAAUAUUUUCCUUGUUUUGUGAUAAAUCAGCAUGAGCAUUCAAGAUAAAAUAUUUGUAGAAUUCAGUUUUGAAAAUUUCUUGAUUUCAGAAAAAGCAAAUUAUUUCAAAUUUGGUAUUCUUCAAUCUCAUGCAAACAAAUGUGAAUGAUUCCAUAUGUAAAUAUUAUAGAAAAUAUUUAUGUUCCAGAAUAUUAAAUGCAUAUACAUGUAUCUGAAAAAUCA